UUCAUUUAGAGAGCUUUGCAAACAGAACUUACAAAUCUUUUAUUUCUCCUUCUAACUAAAAUACAUUUGUCCUGAAAAACCAUGAUGAACACUAAGAAACUCAUCAAGAUGGCAAAGAAAUGGCAACAAAGAGCAGCUCUCCACAGGAGAAGAAUCUCAUUCCACAGAUCAAGUACUAGCGGCUCAAGGGCUGUAGAGAAGGGUUGUUUCGUGGUUUACACGGCAGAUCAAAAGCGUUUUGCUUUUCCACUGAGGUACCUUAGCAACUCUGUUUUCCAAGAGCUCUUGAAGAUCUCUGAAGAAGAGUUUGGCCUCUCUGCUGGUGGACCAAUCACGUUGCCAUUCGAUUCUGUUUUCGUGGAGUAUCUCAUUAAGUUGGUGGAGCGAAGAAUGGAUGGAGAUACAGAAAAGGCUUUGUUAGUGUCAAUAUCCAGUGCUAGAUGCUCUUCUUUACAUUGUUCUUUAGAACUACAAGAACAACAAUUGCUUGUAUUUUAGAGUCUCUAUGCAUCUCAGAGUGUAAAUGCAUUUAUAGUUAGAUUUUAAUCGAAAACAAAACAGAAUUUGACUACUCAA